AAAGGACUGUCUUUUGCCUUCCCUUGAAAAAAUCUCUUGUAAAGAGGAGAAAAGAGAGCAAGAGAAUGUCAGCUGAGCCCAGAGGCAGGAUACCGACCUAGCUCAGGCCCUUCAUGGGGCUCUGCUCACCUCCCCGGAGCAGGACCUUGGAGAGGGGACCUUUGACUGGAAGUGGCAGCUGGGCUGACUGUGGGACCAUGGUGAUGUUCCGGGAGCCUGCAGGAGCCUGGUUGGCCCUGGCCCUGGCCCUGGGUGCAAGCACAGGUGCGGCAGCCCCACGGCAGGACUGCACGGGUGUCGAAUGCCCGCCGCUGGAGAACUGCAUUGAGGAGGCGCUGGAGCCGGGUGCCUGCUGUGCCACGUGUAUGCAGCAGGGCUGUGCCUGCGAGGGCUACCAGUACUACGACUGUCUGCAGGGUGGCUUUGUGCGUGGCCGUGUGCCCGCAGGCCAGUCCUACUUCGUGGACUUUGGCAGCACUGAGUGUUCCUGCCCACCAGGUGGCGGCAAGAUCAGCUGCCAGUUCAUGCUGUGCCCUGAGCUCCCACCCAACUGCAUUGAGGCCGUGGUGACAGCUGACAGCUGCCCGCAGUGUGGCCAGCUGGGCUGUGUCCACACCGGCCGCAAGUAUGCUGCGGGCCACACGGUCCACCUGCCGCCGUGCCAGGCCUGCCACUGUCCUGACACUGGUGGUGAGCUCAUCUGCUACCAGGUCCCCAGUUGCCAUGGAGAUUCCGAGGCCAUGCCCACUGCCGCCACCGGGAACUUCUCAGAUCCUGAAGAGAGUGACCCUGCGCGACACUAUGAAGACCCCUACAGUUAUGACCAAGAGGUGGCUGAAGCAGAAGUGGCAGCGGCUUUGGCAGGCGAGCUUCAGGCAGGUACAGGGGGCCCAGCCACCCUGGGAGGCAGAAUUCAGCCGCUGUCUGCCACCACUACCACCCCCUGGGUGGCUGACCUCCUCAUGCCAACAGCAGCUUCUGCCUUGGGCCCGCCAGCUCCUGUGCAGGCCAAAGCCAGGAGAGUGAUGGAAGACAGACAAGGGCCAGGGGACACGGAGAGGGAGGAAAUUGCUGCCAGAGGGCAGCUGGCAGCAGGUGGCCUCAGGGGACUCAAUGGGCCUCCCAGUUCAGGCCCAGCCAGGCCCAGUCUCCCCGUCCAAGAGAAGAGGGCAGAUACCAGAGCAGGGCCGGAAGAGAACCUUAUCCCGGAUGCCCAGGCCACCCCCCAAAACACUGGACAAGGGGGAACUGGCCCUGUGCUGGGAUCAGACAUGGCUAGUGUCCUCCAGUCUCAGGCCACAUUCAGUUCUCCCAGAGACGCACCAAAGCCCAGCAGCCACACCAUCCUGACCAUACCUCCCCAUGAGACCACCCAGGUCCUACCCAUCCAGGAAGUGCCCAAGCCACCACUGGCUCUGCCCCAUCUUCAGCCAGAGGAAGACACUGACCCCAACUCUGUCCAUUCUGUCCCCAGAAGUGACUCUGAAGUCUCCACGAAGGACCUGAUCGAGACUUGCUGCGCAGCUGGACAGCAGUGGGCCAUUGACAACGACGAGUGCCUGGAAAUCCCUGAGAGUGGCGCUGAGGGUGACGUCUGCAGGACAGCCCAGAAGUACUGCUGUGUGUCCUACCUAAAGGAGAAGAGCUGCAUGGCCGGCGUCGCGGGGGCCAAGGAGGGCGAGGCCUGCGGGCCUGAGGACAACGACACCUGCGGCACUUCCUUGUACAAGCAAUGCUGUGACUGCUGUGGCCUGGGGCUCCGUGUGCGGGCCGAGGGCCAGUCAUGCGAGUCCAACCCCAACCUGGGCUAUCCCUGCAACCAUGUCAUGCUCUCCUGCUGUGAGGGUGAAGACCCCCUCAUCGUGCCCGAGGUCCGCCAGCCUCCAGAGCCUGAGGCUGCACCACAGAGAGUUUCAGAGGCGCAGUUGGGGAGUCGAGAGGCCCUGUCACUGGGCAUGGAGACUGAGCUUCCCAAUAGCCUUCCCGGCGAUGACCAGGACGAGUGCCUGCUCCUCCCAGGGGAGCUUUGCCAGCACCUCUGCAUCAACACGGUGGGCUCUUACCACUGUGCCUGCUUUCCCGGCUUUUCACUGCAGGAUGAUGGCCGUACCUGCCGCCCAGACAGCGGCCCCCCACAGCCAGAGGCUGCAGAGGAGUCUGCACUGAGGCCAGAAACUCCCCAAGGGGCCCCCAACACCAUCCUGCUACCACGGCCGCAACCCAACACCUGCAAAGACAAUGGGCCUUGCAAGCAGGUGUGCAGCAUUAUUGGGGACACAGCCAUGUGCUCCUGCUUUCCCGGCUAUGCCAUCAUGGCGGACGGUGUGUCCUGUGAAGACCGAGACGAGUGCCUGCUGGGUGCUCACAAUUGUAGCCGGCGACAGUUCUGUGUGAACACUCUGGGAUCCUUCUACUGUGUCAACCACACAGUGCUCUGUGCCCAGGGCUUUAUCCUCAACGUGCACAGGAAGUGCGUGGACAUCAACGAGUGUGUGACAGGCUUGCACACCUGCUCCCGAGGCGAGCACUGCGUGAACACAGUGGGCUCCUUCCGCUGCUACACAGCUCUCACCUGCCAGCCGGGCUACGCCCUUGAGGACGGGGAGUGCACAGAUGUGGAUGAGUGUGAACUGGGCACGCACAACUGCCAGGCGGGCUCCACCUGCCAGAACACCAAGGGCUCCUUCUACUGCCAGGCGCUCCAGGCGCGCCAGCGCUGCAUGGAGGGCUUUCUACAGGACCCCGAGGGCAACUGUGUAGACAUCAAUGAGUGUACGUCACUGUCUGAGCCGUGUCACCCUGGCUUCAGCUGCAUUAACACGGUGGGCUCCUACACAUGCCAGAGGAACCCGCUGCUCUGCAGGCGUGGUUACCACGCCAGCCAGGAUGGGACCAAGUGUGUGGAUGUGAACGAGUGUGAGGCGGGCACGCACCACUGCAGGGAGGGCCAGGUGUGCCACAACCUCCCUGGCUCCUACCGCUGCAACUGCAAAGCCGGCUUUCAGCAGGACGCCUUCGGGCGGGCCUGUGUGGAUGUGAAUGAGUGCUGGACCUCCCCUGGCCGCCUGUGCCAGCACACGUGCGAGAACACACUUGGCUCCUACCGCUGCUCCUGUGCCUCUGGCUUCCAGCUGGCUGCGGACGGCAAGCACUGUGAAGAUGUGAACGAGUGUGAGACGCGGCGCUGCAGCCAGGAGUGCGCCAACAUCUAUGGCUCCUACCAGUGCUACUGCCGCCAAGGCUACCAGUUGGCCGAGGAUGGGCAUACCUGCACAGACAUCGACGAAUGUGCUCAGGGUGCCAGCAUCCUCUGCACUUUCCGCUGUGUCAACGUGCCAGGGAGCUACCAGUGCACAUGCCCAGAGAGGGGCUACACCAUGAUGGCCAACGGCAGGUCCUGCAAGGACCUGGACGAGUGUGCACUGGGCACCCACAACUGCUCGGAGGCCGAGACCUGCUACAACACCCCGGGCAGCUUCCGCUGCCUGCUCUUCGGGUGCCCUCCAAACUACACUCGAGUCUCCGAAACGAAGUGUGAGCGCACCAUGUGCCACGACUUACUGGAGUGCCAGAACACGCCAGCUCACAUCACGUAUUACCAGCUCAGCUUCCAGACUGGCCUCCUGGUGCCGGCUGACAUCUUCCGCAUCAGCCCGGUGCCCGCCUUCGUGGGGGACACCAUUGCCCUUACCAUCACCAGGGGCAACGAGGAGGGCUACUUCGGCACGCGUCGGCUCAGCGCCUACACGGGUGUUGUCUACCUGCAGCGGUCAGUGCGCGAGCCCCGGGACUUCACCCUGGAUGUGGAGAUGAAGCUGUGGCGGCAGGGCUCCGUCACCACCUUCCUGGCCAAGAUGCACGUCUUCUUUACUGCCUUUGCUCUGUGAGGCACCCCCCCGAGUGACGUGCAAGGGCCGCAGCGCCUGGGUUGCCCCGCUGGUCCCUGUGCCACCCCCCACACCACCCUCCAGGGCUCCUCUUUCUUGGGCGCUCAGCACCAUGUGUGUGGGCCUGGUUAUUUGGGCGAUUGUUACUACAACUGGAAAAUAACUUAAUUUUGCUGAGUGGAUUCUCUUGGGUUCCUAGUAGGGAUCUUGGCAGCAGGAGGUUCAGGGAAGCCCUGGGAGCAGUUCAGGGUCACCUCAGGUGCCCUGUGGGUGGAGUGAGCGGACCAAAGGCUAGAUGCUGAUUAAAGGCGGCAAACGGGGACCACGUGGAGCUUUGGACUCAACGGAUGCCUGUCCCCAAUGUUGACAUUCCAUUUCAUGUCUCGCUGUGAUUACUUCUUUACUUUAAAAAAAUCAUCUUAAGUGUUUUUGUUUAAUUAUAAAA